AUGCCAGAAUACAGGUUUGUUGUCCAGAGUGGACGCAAACUGUCCCAUAGAGAGCAACAGAUCUCUUCGUCGCAGACCAAGGCUCAUGCCGCAAGGGUCGCUCACCAGAGGCGAGUCGUACGAGUGCAAGAGGCCUCGGCUCUUACGGUAGCGAAGCGGAUAUGUGUGACCGAAUACCAGGAUGAGGGUCGGGAACAGGACUCUCGCUUGCAGGAUCAGCAUGAGAGCACGUCUUUGAUGCUUUACAAGGGAAAUUCAGAUCCGUUUGGUGCAGCGGUGGCCACAGAAGUCACCCCUAGAAUCAACCAGAUCUUAACCUUUCUGCAAGAUACUUACAUACCGAACACCUACCCAGGCAGUCCAUCAUGGGUGAGAAGUUUUACCUGCGGGCGCUUCUUCAAAGACCAAGCGAGGCUGAUGCUGAGUGAAGCGCCGGCCUUCUGCGAAACCCUGCCGUACCUGACAAUGCUAGCGAGCAACUCCGGCAGUCAAGCGCUGGAACGUGAAGCAAUGUCGACGCAGCUCCAAAUCAUCCAGAAAACCAGACAGGCCGUCUCGUCGAACUCGGAAGCCAACCAGCAGCAUCUGCUGCUCUUCACCAAAUCGCUGUUCGGCGCGGCCAUGAUCGAGCAGGACAUGCGUGCCGCGAGCUCCCAUGCUAGGGUGCUCAGCCAUUUGCUCCAACGGCACCUCGAUGCCGGGACAUGGAGAUCUCUACCCGUCGACCUCGUGACCAACUGUCUCUUCUUCAUUCUCAACCACUCGCAAAUGAUGCUCCGCAAGUCCGUGCUCGAGAUCGACACCUGGGCCGACCUCUACAUCCAGCACGCAGCCAGGCCCGUCGUCGAGUACCUCGCGCCUCUUCACUCGUGGUUCGACAACCGCCUGGACCCCUGCCUCAGCAACAGCCAUCUGCGGCAGGAUUACCGCGCCAUGUACGAAACUGUGUGGCUGUGGUCGCAGGAAACGCGACCCUCGCCGGCGAUCUCGCAGGACGCGCUGAACCAAUACUGCGGGCUGCAGCACAACGUCGUCUCGAUCCGCCUGGUCAACCACUUCGUGCACUUCACCGAUCAGCUGAGCCGCGCCACCAGCCUGGGCAUGCCACCGCGCAGAGAAGCGCAUCUGGUCUGCCAGGCGAUAUUGGCGCUGAGCCUACUGGCGUUCCUGGCGACGUUUGUGGGGAAUCCGAAGAUGGGGACGCGGUAUAUAUGGAGGAAGCAUGGCAUGUUCCUGACGAGGCUGCAGCUGCUGCUGAUGAGUCGGCUGAGAGACGGUGGGCUGCUGCUCGGCGAGGGAGAAUUCGGCUUCGAGUACCGCCAUGCGCUGCUGUGGGCUUACUGGGCCGGCGCGACUUGGGAACAUCGGGAACGCGAAGCGGACACGAAUCCUGUGCAUGGCUGGUUCAACACACGUUUUGCGAAGCAAUGUCAGGUAAUGGGUCUGAAGAGCUGGGAGCAGGUCGAGACGGUGUUGAACGGCUUCGCGUUGGCUAGACUGGCGCAGCCUCCUGGAUCAACCUGGGUAGGUGUCCUUCUGGUGGAGACAUGGCCGAGUAAGGACAGCAACAGAUUCAACUGA